UUAAAUAAUUUGAUAAUGAAUAAUACGAUGGUAUUAAUCCCAUUAAAGAAAUUGUCUAAUAAUAGUUGUGACUGUGUUAGACUAUCGGAACCGUGCAGACAAUCCGGAACUGCGUGUUUCCGGUUUCUCUAUUACAAUCUCAAUAUGGCAGGAAGUAGCGGUCGGUCUUUACAAAACAUGGACAUGGGAGAUUCCAUGGACGAAGAAACUAGACGUCUGGUUGCCAAACACCAACACGAUGACCCCGCGGAUGACACUGUGGAGGUAGUGAUCUGGAUGAGAGACAGGGAGGGAAUUCAUGUUACUCUAGAGUGUGGCGGACACGAGGCGUCGGCGGAGGACUUGUUUGAGAUCGCAGUGGAGCAGAAACACUUACAUGCAGACUGUGAAAACGUUUUCUCCAUCUGGCUCGUGUCUCCAUUACUGGAAUUAAGAUUGAAAAAGAGUCACAGACCAUUCCAAUUUGCACAGAUGUGGGAUGAGUUUUGUGUAUUGUAUACAGACUCCAAACCAGAUGAAAUCUCCAGAGAUGAACCUGUUGUGAUGUUUCAGAGGAAUGUUUUUCUGACUCUUGAGGAGGAAAUGAGGAUUCCCUAUGAAGUAGAAUUGAAUUUGCUGUACCAUGAGGCCAAAUUUAACGUGAUAGAGGGUCGGUAUGUUGUACAACCAGACGAGUAUGACCAGCUGGCUGGAAUCCAGGCACUGAUUCAUCUGGAACAUUAUGAUCCGGAGCGCCACACUCCAGAACACUACAAAGCAGAGCUUCACAAGUUUUACCCAGAGUUCAUGCGCAAGACAAAGAGCACAAAAUUUUUCAAGUUCAGCAAAAAUAAGAAUGAAGAUGAGGAAUCGUUGGAGGUUCGGGUUCAGCGAGCUCACAGACAGAUCAGUGAGGCAUACAAAAACAAAGAUCUUAAAACGGCACUUCCUGGGCUUUACAGAUGCUAUCUGGAGGUCUGCUGGCAGUAUGCUUUCUAUGGGAGUGCCUUCUUUGAGGGAAAAAUUCAAAAGCAGGUUGGGAAGAUUAAGGGCCACCUCCCAGGUGUUGAGAAAGACAUGGAUGUCCUGAUAGCAUUGAACACUGAUGGAAUCUGUAUCAUUGAUCUGCUGAGAGAGGACCCAGUUUUGGCUGUUCCAUAUGAAGAGCUGUCCUGGGCCCUGGAUUCCAAUGAAGAAGAAGAAAACAGAAUGGCUGUGUUACUGCUGCAGUUCCUUGUCACGGAAGAAAAUGGAGAACAGAUCACAAAAAUCCUGCAGGUGUAUUCCAGUCAGGCUAAGAUGAUGGAUGCUCUAAUAGACUCCUGUGUGAAAAGGAAACACCAGAAGAGAGACCAGAGACGAGGCAGGGAUCAAGAGGAGAGUGUCAGGGAUGGAGCCAAAAGGCAGUACAGAAAUGGUGAAGCAGCUGAUAUUAUUCAGGAUAGGAUGGGAGCGUUUUUGGACAAGCCAAAAACUGACAAACACAAUGAAGGUGGUGUCGGGAACACCUUACGCUAUGGCCUCAGCAGCAUGCAGGGUUGGAGGGUGGAAAUGGAGGACGCCCACACAGCCAUACUGGGACUACCCUACGGCCUCAAGCAGUGGUCGUUCUUCGCUGUCUUUGAUGGCCAUGCAGGUGCCAAAGUUUCAGCAACAUGUGCAGAGCAGUUACUGCUAGAAAUUGUCUCCAAUGAAGACUUUAAAGGGAAGAUGGAGUUGAAGGAAGGCACAGAGAUUCAGCCAUCACUGGAAGACGUCAACAAGGGAAUAAAGACAGGCUUCUUGCUGCUGGAUGAAAAGAUCCGGGGAAUGCCCGAGAUGGUGAGCGGUGAAGAUAAAAGUGGAUCUACUGCUGUCUGUGCCAUAGUUUCACCUCAGCAUAUUUUUUUUGCCAACUGUGGAGAUUCACGAGCAGUGCUCUCUCGUGAUGGCAAAUGUCAUUUCACAACCUGUGAUCAUAAACCAAUCAACCCAGCAGAGAAGGAGCGUAUACAGAGGGCGGGUGGCAGCGUCAUGAUCCAGAGAGUCAACGGUUCUUUGGCAGUAUCUAGAGCUUUAGGAGACUUUGAAUACAAGAACGUACAGGGAAUGGGUCCCUGUGAACAAUUGGUGUCCCCUGAGCCCGAAAUCUCAGUGGAAUCCAAGAGCGACAAAGAUGAAUUUCUGGUGCUGGCUUGUGAUGGAAUCUGGGAUGUAAUGAGUAAUGAUGAACUCUGUGAUUUUAUUAGGAGUAGGAUGAGAGUGACAGAUAGUUUGGAGAUGAUCUGUAAUAUGGUGGUGGAUACGUGUCUUCAUAAGGGUAGCAGAGAUAAUAUGAGUAUUGUAAUAGUAGCUUUUGAGGGAGCUCCUAAACAAUCAGAGGAUGCUGUUAAACAAGACCAAGAUUUGGAUGCAAAAAUAGAGGCAAAAAUUAAAGAAAUAAUAGCCCAGCCAGAUAUGGCUGAGGCAGAUUUACCAUACGUAAUGCACAUGCUUAACGAGGAAAUGGAGGGCUUCCCGCCAGGAGGGGGCAUCACCUCUAAGAGGAGCACAAUAGAGAGCAUAUUAAGGAGACUCAGACCUUCAACAACAGAGGAUGAGGACAGAGGGUAAAUACCAGAGAUACUUACAGACAGGGAAUAGUUCCUCCGUCGCAGACCGAGUGAUUUCAUUCAGACCCACAUGUUCGAACAUUUCGUACUUGCUCAAUUACACCUUUGUCCGGAGGUUUUCUUAGUUCAACAUUACUCUAUUGUCAAACUGAAAGUUGCUAAUAAACUGCAGAGAAAGUGACAGUUGCACUAUAAUACUAAUAAUCUUCAGGUUCAAACAGUGGUGAAAUCUAAAAUGUUGGAUUUGUUAUUAUUUUACAAAUGUUUAUUCAUUAAGAAUUCUUUACAGACACCACUGUAGAUUGCUAUUGGUAUGUUCUAUUAGAGGUGCAGUUGUAGUCGUUAAUUUUGAGUGAGAGCGAGUGCCUGUUUCACUUCUUCAGGCUGAGAGAAUUGUGUGGUUGAUCUAGUGUACGUGUUGUUCUGAGACUUCAUGUUCUUCAUAUUGUAUAUAAUAUAUCCCGCUCCUUCAUGCAAGUCAUGGAAAUUACGUUUAACACCACACGUGUUGGACAUUGGGUAAUACUUUUAUAUCUUCACAACGAUUCAGGACUAAUUUUUCAAAGCAAAAUAUCUAAUUUUUGCUAUGAUACUAUAUGGUACCAAAGUUGACAGUGUGUUGCUGUAAGAUUUUUUUUUCUGUUCAGUCAUUCCUUGAAAUUUCAAGUACUUCUGUUCAGCUUGUGUAAUUGACAAACAGGUUAUGUAUAUCUGCUUUGGCAAGACAUGUGGAUGAAUAGUGCUAUAUUUUAUGGAUUUUUUUUUCUGUUGUUUAUGUAAAACUGAUAUAUCAUAUAUAAUGUAUUGAAUGCAAACAAUUGAUGGCAGAUAACCCAACUUGUUGUUGCGUGUUGACGGUGUACUAGUUUUCUACUGUAGCAAUACAUGGUGACUUGACUGGAGUUAUUCCCCUUGCUAUUAGCCUGUUUGAAGUUGUUAGUUAGUCUGCACGCUUGUUGUGUACAAGGCAGACCUAUGAGAUUUAGCGUUUCAGGGUCUGUCACAAAAUACUGCAGCAUUCUGGUCAGCUUUUAGUUGACAGGACAAUCUGUGAAUUGAUUUAUAUUAGUGUUAACUCGAUUUAUCAUAAUUUAUCGUAAUUUUCUUCCAUACUUGUCUUUUGUAUAGACCAUUUCUUCUGCUCCCCAGCUGAGGCCAUUUUUAAUUUGACUUAAUUAUUGUGCAAUUGUUCAUUCUGAUUUCUUCUACUUUGUAGUGAAAAAAUGAUUGUUGAUUGCUGAUAAAUUGUAUCUUUUUAUAUUUACCCCUUUUCUUCAAUUAUGAAUUGCUAUUAAAUCUGAAAUAAAUUAUUUAAUUUUUUUGUUUUGCAUAAUAUGUUGGUACAAUGCCUGCAUGUCAGAUUUAAUCAGAGAGGAACACAGGACAAAAAAGUUAUCCAAUUCCAUACAUAUAAAUCAUGGUAGAUGAUACUUUGUGGUACAUUCCGACCAAAUUAAAAUUUUGACAGGUAAUAUAUUGUAUAAUAGUUUCCGAUGUUUAGUGUAUACUACUCGCUUGUUGAGGGGAUGAAGAGAAUAGGGCAGUGUGUUACUAGUAUAUAUUUUGUUGAUGUUUCUGUGAGGUUGAGAAAUGUAUACAUUGUGUAAUCAUGUGAACAUAGACGUUGAUCACUUAACAGGCGUCCAGUAUUAGUUUGUCUGUAGAUUACAGUGUACCUGGUAGAUUCUGUUCCCUCAUUACACUGUUUUCAUUUCUGUAGUGACUUGUCUCAGCUCUAGAAAAAGUAUGCCAAUAAAACUGAAAUAUUCC